GUAUCAGCCUACCUGUGAGCAUGACAGUCAACUCCAACUCUUCACUGUAUUUCUUAGCUUGUGAAAGAAUCAGACCCUAGUAACACAGGGCAGUGAAUCCAUGUGUGAAGCGGUGUAAUGUUUUGCUGUGGAGCGGAUGGCAUCUGUCGCUUCCGUGGGAACUCUCUCCAAUAGGAUCCAAACAGCCACAAGCUCGCUCACAAUGCGGACAUGGGUGUUUCUCCAGACAUGCGUUUCCACGAAUUUUUGUUGGUGAUUUUGCGAUUUUGACUGUGAUCACAUCCUCACCGCUAUGUUAUCUAUUCCCAUGCCACUCUGAUAACUUUACGCGUCGAGACAGAGGCACUUUUUUUUUUUUUUUUUUAGUGUGGAUUGCGCCUGAAUUUGCAGGAAUGGUUCACAGGAGCGUGCCGCGUCCUCCUGCCUUUAGGAAACAACUUCACACAGCCCUUGGCACUGACCAUGCUUUCCAAUUUUAGGAUUUUCUAAAAGAAUAGAGGAGAUAAUGAGCAACCACAAAGGCGGCGGAAUGGCAUCGAAGGAAAGGCUGUAUGAGCUGUGGAUGUUGUAUUACACAAAGAAAGAUGUGGGCUAUCUGCAGCAGUGGCUGGAGGCCUUUGUGGCGUCCUUUGAGAGGCUCAUUGAUGUGCAGUCGCUGGAGCCUCGGAAGCGGGAGGACUGCAGUUCAGAGGUGCCUUUGCUCCCGAGAGAGGUCCUGGUGUUCCUCAGCACCCAGUUAUGGCACAGUGCACUUCACCUUUCAGACACCGCAGAGCACAACGGCGGAAUCCCACACCCGCUCAUGCUCAUCAAGUUCUUCAUCAUUGUGUGCAGGAACAUGGGGAACCUCGAACCAGAGAAGACCCCUGGUUUUGUUUUUGAAACUAUCAAGCUCUUGAAUUUCUGUUUGGACCAGCUAAAGAAGGGACAAGGGGAGCAGGAAUCUCUCCAGUUGGUUGUGCAGUAUGGACUCGUGCUGUGCGAGAGUCUGUUUGACCCUUAUCAGACGUGGAGGAGACAUCUAUCAGGGGAGGAGGUGAGCUUGCUGGAGAGGAACAAGUAUAAGUUCUCCCCGUUGGUCUUGCCAGAGGAGCUGCCUGCCCUCUUCCAUGAAAGUCUACAGGACAGUAAACAGAUCCCAGAGCUCCUCACACUGAGGCUGGUUCAUCUCCUGGGUGCUGUCAUCAGCGGAGGCAAGAAGAACGGCCUUCUCUGCAUCACCCCCGACUCUGUUGAGGACCUAUUCUCUGUUCUGCGAGUUUGGUGCUGCCGAGCCUUACCUGAACCGAAAGACACCGGCCUCCCACGGCUGACGUUGCAGUGCCUGACCACCAUGAUCCACCUUCUGCAUUCCAGUAGCCCUGCGGAGCGGCAGGUGGAGAUCAGGACCAUACUAGAGAGCUAUUUCCAACUCCUCAACUGGAACCGUCCACUUAGCAAUGAGCAGCAAGACAGGGAGAGCUGGGAGGAUAGUCUGAUCUCCUUGCAGAACCAAAUGCUAACCGCUGUUCCUGAGAUCCUGCAGUGCCCUGACAGACCAGUUCUGCAGGCCAUCUUCCUUAACAACAACUGUUUUGAACACAUCAUCAGGCUGAUUCAGAACAGCAAGCUCUUUCAGAGCGGCAGGCGUAGACCGGAGGGUGAGGUUUUGUGUGACCUCACGACACGUUUACUCACAGAGGUCGAAGUGGACCAGGUUUGGGAACGAGGAUCAGACAGUAUUACAGUUAAUGCAUUAGGAGUCCUCACGGCUAUAAUGAGUAACUCCCCCUCUGCUAAGGAGGUUUUCAAGGAGAGGAUUGGUUACUCCCAGCUGUUUGACGUGCUGAAAAGUCAAGGUCAACCCACAAAAAGGCUGCUGCAGGAGCUGAUGAACAUGGCAGUGGAGGGGGAACAUGCACAUGCCCAUCACCUUGGCAUUAGUAAUGACCAGCCUUUGCUGCUGCUUCUGCAGUGGCUUCCUGACCUGUCGCGUCAGAGGGACCUCCAGCUGCUCGUGGCCCAGUGGUUGGCUGCUGUAUGUGGCGGCUCCUUGUCGUGUCGUACUGUGGCGGUGGAGGCAGGCAUGGUGGGGGCUUUGCUGCAGGUGCUCUCUCAACCCCAGAAUCUUGACAGGCAGUGUGCAGAUUCCCUCUUGGGCCUCCUCCAGGACUUGGGCUCCCUGUGUUUGAGACCAGAGGAGCUGAAAGGUCUGCUCAGGCUGCUGCGGGUGGAUCAGGACAAUGGCGCUGUGGUAGGGAGGGUGCACCCCUACUGUACUCGCAUGAUCAGGGUGCUCUCCGCUAUGGCAGCUCGGGAAGGCCAGGACAGUGCCUUGCAAUACUUUGAUCUUUCACCUCCAAUGGCAGGUAUCAUGGUGCCCACAAUCCAGCGCUGGCCAGGCAGCGGGUUUGCCUUUCAUGCUUGGCUCUGCCUCAACAUGGAGUUCCCUUCCUGCCACGCAGACCUCUCAAACCGUAAAUCUUACCCUGGCUCUGGCACUGGGACUCAACAUGACAUGGGAAAAGGGCCACGCAGGAAGCAGCUCUACAGUUUUUUCACAGCAAGUGGAACUGGGCUGGAAGCAUUUUUCACCAUGGAGGGUGUGCUGGUAGUGGCUGUGUGCACUAAGAAGGACUACAUGGCUGUUGCUUUGCCAGAGUACCCAUUAGCAGACUCAUGCUGGCAUUCAGUGGCGAUAGUCCACAUCCCUGGCCGUCGUCCUUUUGGUCAGAACUUGGUCACUAUCUAUGUUGACGGAGAGCAGCGUAAAACUGCUCAGCUUCGUUUUCCAUCUUUUAGUGAGCCUUUUACCUCCUGCUGCAUCGGCUCUGCAGGCCACCGGACCACUACCACCACCACAUCCCCAAAUCUGCCCACAUUUACAUCUCCCAACCCUCCAGCAGAAUUUGCUUUCCCGGUCCAUGCCCCCUCCCUCAUCCGGUCCCAGUCCUUCCCAGCAACAUUUGCACGGGGUGACUCCCCUGUGCACACCAUACCAGCAGGACUGCAAGACACAGAGUGGGGAACACCCACGUCUCUGGAUGGGCUUCUGGGCACAGCCUUCAUCUGUCAUGAGGCUUUGCAGCCGACACACACAAGAGCUUUACAUACUGCAGGCCCUAAUCACGUGUCCUUAUUCAAAGCGGAUGGAGAGUUAUCUGAUCUCAACAGCAAACUUCUGCUCUACUACACCCCACAGGCCUUUAAGAGCCAAAUCUGUCAGGAUCUGUCUCCAAAUCACCAAUAUGAUGGCAGGCUGACCGGGCACAGGGUGGUGAACUGGGACAUCAAGGAUGUUGUAAAUGUGGUUGGGGGUAUUGGUGUUUUGCUGCCCCUGCUAAAGCAGGUGUGUGAAGCAGAACAGGUUUAUAAUGGUGGACAGGAGAUCUCUGACCUUCUGGGACCAGAGCUCACCUCCUCACGGGGCCCAGCUGCCAUGCUGCUGCCGCUGAAUAAAUCCUCUGCAGAGGGCAGAUUAGAGAGAAACAGCAUUGCUGCCUUCCUGCUGUUGGUGAAAAACCUGAUUCGUCACCAUCCAGUCAAUCAGGAGAGUCUGCUACACUGUCAUGGGCCGAGCAUUAUAGGAGCCAUGCUCAGCGAAGUUCCUGGCAGUAUGAUGGACAUGAACGUUUUAAUAGCAUGUCAGCUGCUAUUAGAGCAGGUUUUCACUGAGGGCAACAGUCCACUUCUACAGCAGCUCUACCAGUACCUGCUCUUUGAUUUCCGCAUCUGGACAAAAAGCCAUUUUGCUGUUUGCCUGGCUCACGUCCAGUACCUAUCAUCUGUGAUAAACAAAGGCAAGCAGCGAAUGAAGAGGAAAUAUGGAGUCCAGUACAUCCUGGAUACCAUUCGCACAUACUACAGUGUCGAGAAAGAUGGCAGCUCCCUGUCAGAUGAGAAACAGACGAUUCAGACUUCUCUCUUUGCUUUGCUGAAAGACUUCCUUAAGUCUCCAACACCAGAGGAGCUUCACAGUGUCCUCGCCUUCAUUUUGGCUGUUGGAGAAGAGCAGCAGGUGGUGAGGGCACUGGAUGUUUUGUAUGAGCUGCUGCGGAGUACUCCUCGCGAGCAGGUGCAGGCUGUCCUGUUGGAAUGGGGCGUGGAGCAGCUGUACAGUUUACUGCUCAACCCCAGCUUCGGAGACGAUGCCAGAGAAAGAGUUUUCAGGGUUUUGUACAAAAUUCUCAAGAGUGAGAGAGUGUCUGAGCGCAACAAGCAGCGGAUAAAACUGAAGGAUUUUGGCUACCUUGGCCUUGUGUGUUUCCUUGAAGAACUCCCUGUAACCAUGACCACUGUGCGAUGUUUGUACGAGCAGGUUCUCGCUACAGAUGCCAGUCCUAAUUUCAGAGACCUCCUGGCUGUGGUCUGUCUGUCCCAUCGAGCUGAGCUUACUGUCCGUUUAGACGUCUGUCGGAAGCUCUUCCAUCUGAUUUACUCCAAUGUGGAUUAUGUGAAGCAGCUUGCUAAGCAGCCUGGUUGGCAGGAUGUUUUAACUAAACUCUAUGUGAAAGAAUCCUAUGAGUCUCAUGCUGCCAGCAUUGCGAACUCCAGCAAUCAUAGUUCCCUUGAACCCUCUUUCAGACCACCUCUGCGCAAAGAUCAGGCCCUGGUCAUAGAACCCUGCACAGACCUCUUCCUAAGGUACCGCAACUCACAGGACAUCGACGACGAAGAGGAGGAGGAGGAAGAGGGCGGUCAGCGGGACAUCUCUGAAGGGUUCUCUGAUUUAUCCCAGUCACCUCCAAGUGGAGGAGGAGGACCGCUUAAAAACUUCACAGGCUCGCUUCAUUUUAAGUCUUUUGACUCAGUGGAUCAGGGGAGCCACUCAUCCUCUCUCUCAAAUGCUGUUGACAUCACCUCGUCUCACCCUGAUGAAGAAGGGAGAGACUACCAGCCUCUUUCCCCCUUUGGUACAUCGCCCUUUGAUUUGGAGCUCGGAGGGAUGGGAGAGACUGGCACAAACACUCCUGCAGGUAGUUUGACAAACACACCAUCUCCUCUGGAACACUGCAAGCCCUUCCCUCCUCUCAGACCCAGGAAGAGCUCCAGUUUGUCCAACGUACUGGAUGAUACCAGCUACGGGACAGAUCCUCCAACUGGAGAUACAAUCUCCAAUACGUCCAACCCGCAGCAGACCCCUGAGGAGGAGCUGUGCAACCUUCUAACCAACAUCGUGUUUUCCGUGUUGUGGACCGGCAGUGGGGCGGAGGGAACUGAAGAUGUAGUGUGGAGAGAGAGAGGACAGGUCUUCUCCGUCCUCACCAAACUGGGUUCAUCCUGCCAACUGGUCCGCCCGCCCGAUGACAUCAAACGCAGUCUGUUGGAGAUGAUGCUGGAGUCGUCUCUGUCGGACUUGAGGGAUGCCCAGGGAGUGUUUCUGCCUUUCUGUCCGAGCCUUGUGAGGCUCCUCAGGCUGCUGCAGGACUUCCUGUUUGCAGAGGGAACAGACAACCACACACUGUGGAGCGAAAAGAUCUUUGAGGGGGUGGGGAACCUGCUGGACAAGUUACAGGCUUGGCACAGCAGCCCCGGGAACGCCGAACUUAAGGAAAUGGCUCAGAUUGGCCUGCGUAUCAUCACCGGUUACAUCAAACAGCAACACUCACAGAUGUGUGAGAUGGCCCAUGUGAAGCUCCACACUCUGCUCCAGACAGUGCUGUGUCUGAGCUGGGAGGAGGUAUGCUUCCUGCUGGGGCAGCUGGGCGCCCCCCUGUGGCCAGAAGGCGUAAUGAACAGCACCAAUUGUGGAAAUGCAGAGACUUUCUCCCAGCUGGUUCCCAUCGUGCGAACGCUGCUCGACCAGCACGCUGACCCCGUCGCUCUCCAGAGCCUCCUGCCCAACCUGCCCAUCACCAACGGCAGCACCACCUUCGCCCAAGACCUGAAGACUUACUGCCACACACUGGAGUGGCAAGGCUUUUACCUGCAGCAGGUCCAGCCAACCAUGGAGCAGUAUGAACUGGAUACUUUUGGGAGAAGCCAUGAUAUCAUGUCUAACUUCUGGAAUUCCUGCUUUGAUGACCUGAUGAGCACCGCCUUCAGACGGGACAAAGACAGAUCUGACAGCAAAACUAAAUUUCAGGAAAUGAUCCUUGACCCCUACAUGAAACGAGUAAAGAGUGAGAACAACCGCUACCUCAGUUGUCAGAAGCAGAACUCCAGCCAGCAGGGGGUGGUGUUGCAGCACUGGGAAGCGCUCUACAGGCUUUUGACCAGUGAGAGAGGAGGAUGGGCCAACAGGAUUCAGCCGGUGGUGCAGUGGAAAUUGUCCAAUGCUGAAACCUAUUCGAAAAUGAGACUAAAACUUGUCCCCAACUACAACUUUGAUCCUCACAGUGAGGCCAGUGCCCUGAGAGACAACAUGGGAGCUGAAAGCCCUCGCAGCUCUGAACCUCUACCACUGGCUGUUGCAAAGAAAGCAAAAGUAAGCGACAUGGAGGAUGAUCAGUUAGGAGAAGAGGACCUUGUCUUUUUGGAUAACAAGGUGGAAGGAGAAGAUGAGAGCCAGAAAGAAAAACUUGUUCUGUCUGAAGAUUGUGAGCUCAUCACCAUUGUGGCGGUUGUUCCGGGUCGUCUGGAGGUUACAACACAUCAUCUUUACUUCUAUGACGGCAGCAGCGAGAAAGAAGAGACAGAGGAGGGAAUCGGGUUUGAUUUCAAGAGGCCUCUGUCGCAGCUUAGAGAGGUUCAUUUGAGGCGCUACAACCUGCGGAGGUCGGCACUGGAGCUUUUCUUCAUCGACCAGGCACAUUACUUCAUCAACUUCAGAAAAAAGGUACGGAAUAAAGUUUAUUCGAGGAUCCUUGGACUGCGGCCUCCCAACCUGUUUUACUUUGGUUCCCGCUCCCCUCAAGAGUUACUGAAGGCAUCGGGGCUCACACAGAAAUGGGUAUGCAGAGAGAUCUCCAAUUUUGAGUAUCUGAUGCAACUGAAUACCAUCGCUGGACGCACGUACAACGACCUGUCGCAGUAUCCUGUGUUUCCUUGGGUCCUCUGCGACUACACCUCGGAUGUUUUGGAUCUUGAGAACCCAGCAAUUUUCAGAGACUUGUCCAAACCCAUAGGUGUUGUCAACCCCCGCCAUGCCCAAAAUGUCAGAGAAAAGUAUGAAAGCUUUGAGGAUCCAACAGGCACCAUUGACAAAUUCCACUAUGGGACACACUACUCUAACGCAGCAGGAGUCAUGCACUACAUGAUCCGCAUGGAGCCCUUCACCACACUGCACAUCCAGCUGCAGAGUGGCAGGUUCGACUGCGCUGACAGACAGUUUCAUGCGGUGGCGGCGGCCUGGCAGGCUCGUAUGGAGAGUCCAGCUGAUGUCAAAGAGCUCAUCCCAGAGUUCUUCUACUUCCCAGAAUUCCUGGAGAACAUGAAUGGCUUCGACCUGGGCCAUUUACAGAUAUCUCAAGACCCGGUGACUGACGUUCUGCUGCCUCGCUGGGCCACAUCCAGAGAAGACUUCAUCAGGAAACACAGGAAAGCUCUGGAGUGUGAGCACGUGUCCAGUCACCUCCAUGAGUGGAUUGACCUGAUCUUUGGAUAUAAGCAGAGAGGGGAAGAGGCAGUGAACGCCCUGAAUGUCUUCUACUACUGCACUUAUGAGGGUGCUGUUGAUCUAGAUGCCAUUUCCAAUGAAACAGAACGUAAGGCCCUUGAAGGCAUCAUCAGCAACUUUGGACAAACUCCCUGUCAGCUUCUCAAGGAGCCUCACCCUCCUCGUAUGUCGGCUGAGAACGCGGCACGGCGCCAGUCUCGCCUCGACACUGUGCCCCCCAACAUCUUUGAGCAGCUCAGCAAACUACGGUCUUUUGUAGAGGUGGUGAGUGACGGCCUUCCUCUGGUCCAGGCAGUGGUACCAAAGAACCAGAACCGCUCCUUCAUCAUCCAGGGAUCAGAUAUACUGGUGACUGUGAGCUCCAACGGUCUGAUAGGGACGCACAGCUGGCUGCCAUAUGACAAAAACAUCGCCAACUACUUCACCUUCACCAAGGACCCGACGAUGAACAAUCCUAAAAUGCAGCGUUUCUUGAGUGGGCCUUUUUCUCCUGGUGUGGAACUCAGCAAUCAGGUGUUGGUCGUGUCCAACGACGGUCGACUGCUGUUCAGCGGAGGACACUGGGACUGCAGCCUCCGAGUCACCCAGCUGGGCAAGGGCAAGCUGGUGGGCAGGAUCUGUCGGCACAUCGAUGUUGUUACCUGUUUGGCGCUGGAUCUCUGCGGCAUCUACCUCAUCUCUGGUUCAAGGGACACAUCCUGUAUAGUAUGGCAGGUUCUACAACAGGGUGGAUUCUCCAGUGGCCUUUCUCCUCGACCAGUGCAGGUUCUUUGUGGACAUGAUCAGGAGGUCACCUGUGUGGCAAUCAGCACUGAACUGGACAUGGCUGUCUCAGGGUCAAAGGAUGGGACUGUGAUAGUGCACACUGUCCGCAGAGGACAGUUCCUGCGAACACUACACCCUCCCAGUGACAGCUGUGUACCUGCCCACAUCUCUGAGCUCCAGGUGGGCAUGGAGGGCCACAUUGUGGUGCAGACCUCCCUGGAGGAGCGGUCCACGAGAAAGGGAAAAUACUCUGUGUAUGUUUACUCGGUAAAUGGCUGUUUGCUGUCCUCCUUCUCCAUGGAGGAGCAGAUGACUGCUCUCCAUCUGGUCUCUGAAUACAUCAUUUUGGGCACCAUGCAGGGCAGCCUCCAUAUAAGAGACUUAUACAGCCUGGAGGCUGCAGUGCCACCGCUGGCCUUGAAGGUUCCCAUCAGGAGUGUGUCCAUCACCAAAGAGUGCAGCCACAUCCUGGUGGGACUAGAGGACGGGAAGCUAAUUGUAGUGGGGGCAGGGAAACCAGAAGAGGUUCGCUCAGGACAGUUUUCCCGUCGCCUGUGGGGCUCCACACGUCGUAUCUCUCAGGUGUCUGCAGGUGAAACUGAAUACAAUCCCACUGAGACUUCUGGGAAAUGAGAUGAGCAAAAGUGGAGGGACCUGGAGGACUCCAAAAGUUGCAGAUACUCACCAGACGCAUCAAGGACUUUCUUGACAAGCUGGGAAAACUGGGGAGAGAGAGCAACUACACACUGAGCACUUUUUUUAUUCUUAAUUGAUUGAUAUUUUUACACAUUUACAGUUGUGUUUUAAUCUGCAUCAUUCCAAAGAGUGGCCUUGUUUUGUGGACAAAGAAGAGCUCAGACUUUGAGGUCAAGAGUGAUUGUUGACGGGCUGUAUAUACAGUGAAUCAUGUUUCAGGUGUGACUCACUAUGAUUCACAUACAGCUUCAGACGCUGAGGAGUAACGCUGUGCACUCCUCAGGCUUCACUAUUGCUGUGCUGUUGAAUGUCCCAAAGCCAUCGUCUAGAAAUGGCACUUUUAUAAACUCCUGGAAACUUGAAAACAUGUGCACCACAGUACCGCAGUGUAUAAUGUUGCGUUCCUAUAAUGCUCUAAACAAUGUAAAACUGUUACAAUUAAAGCGAUAACUGCUUUGAUGGUCUAGUAUGUGAAAUACGUUCACUGGUUGUAGAGCUUGGAUGCAAUGAAACUCAAAGGAGAGCCUUCUGUUGCCUUACACAAUGGAGUACAGGCCUUUCCUAAUGCACAGUUUAUUCUGUUAAUAGUUUUGUUUUUACCAUGUUUAUCACAAUUAUAUCCUGUUUGAUUUUUUCUGAAAAGUGCCUUUUUAGCUUGUGUUUUGAGCCAUGUAUAAACACUGAAUUCCAAUCUAUUUCUAUGCUAGAUCACUAUGUAUGUCAGAUUUCGUCCCUGCUGAUCUGAUUUAAACACAGCAUAUCACUCUACCGUGACUCAGAUGUGAAUAAUAUGUUGUAAAUGAACUCCAUAAACUGUCGGCUGGUUGCACAUA